AUGGAUGAAUUUAUUGAACCUCUGCCGUCCAAUGCCGCGGCUGGAGGAAGUCUGCCGAGAUCAAUACCCCUGGAAGCUUUCUCUCGAAGCGCUCCGACUACUCCUCCUCUUAGCGCAGACGCACGCAACAUCAUAGCUCGACAAUGCUUGGCCCUCAAAAGAAUCAUCGACAAAGAGGGUAUUCAUGCGGUUUGCAUAGAAUCCAGUAUUCAGCGAACACUAUUCUCCAAAGCGACUCCAAACAUCAGCGUGCUCAUCAAAUGCCUUAGGGUGCUUCCGGAUCUAGACAUCACCAUUACCAUCACAAAUAUGCUUAUACGUCUUACAUCCAGCAACAGCGAUCUGAGCGCGUCCAAUACCGCCAAUGCAGCUCGGAAAAACAUCUCCGUUGCCCUUUUGAAGUGCAUUCAGAAUGUUUUCCGGGAGUAUUUGAAGGCAGACGGUUCGGUUCUCUUUGGUGCCGUACCGAACGCCGUCUCAAGGGUCGACGAGCUGAUGGCAAACGUUUUCUCGUUGCUGACUCGAGUGGCGAAAUAUGACCCGAAGCUAUCGCUUCUAGCUAGACUGCACGGAGCCGUCGCUCCCACGAUCAUUAUGGUGAAGAAGUGGAAUGAGCGCAAAGAAUACGCUCUCGUCAUCACGGGCCUGCAAGCGUUGCGGGCAUUCGCGACGAAGAACGACAAUAACGUCAUCACGAUCCACAAAGGGAGAACUCUUGACUUGCUUGCUUCGAUGCUGAAGAACCCAAUAUCGGCUCCUAUGCUGGCUCAAAACUCGGCGUCGUUGGAAUGCGUCCUUGACCUGAUGACUUUGCUGACGAAAAUGAAGCAUGGCGCUGCAGAGUUGCUGGCCAAAUUCCAGGUUCGGGAACUCAUAGCGCUCUUCCGAAACACCGCCAUCGAAGCACUUCAGAAGUCUGUGUUGAAGUUAUUGAAAACGGUUGUCGAGACCGAGGAAGGCAAGAAGUUGUUCAAUGAGCACAAUGGCGUCGAGUUCUUGACAUCGGCUCUGGAUGAAGUUGUACAAGCAAGUGAAGCCGGAACUCACCCAAACGGCAUGCCAGUGACCUCGUCCAACAGUAGCAGCACAACCGCCAUUCCGACGCUACUCGUAGCGGUUCUUCGGUCGGCUGUAUCGCAAACCGACUUGCCUUUCCUGAACAGAUACCAAAUGCUGAGUUUUCCUCUGCCAUCUGUAGAAGAGGAUGGGGGACCUGACGAUCCAGAUGAUGGUGUUGAAUCCGACGAUGAGGAGGUUGUCAUCAAACUUGGUGUACGAACUGUUUCGGAGAAUGUGAAACUUGGAAUCCCAUCGACGGAAAAGAAGAAUGAGCCUAGCAGCAUUGCCGAGAGCAUCGCAGAGGAAAGUGAUAUGGAGCUGACAGACAAAGAAGAUGAUCUUGACAUGAAAGUACAACUGCGAAGUCGGUGUCCCGAACUUGACAUCGGGGUAGCAUCGGAAGAAGAUCCAGCGAAUGGGAAGGCUCAGAGAGAUCCAUAUACAGGAGACGAUCUCGAAGUUACCGGUCAAAACCCAUUCUCACAUCAACCUGCGCUGCCUAUCACGAACAUUGAAGUGCGACAUGUUCAGCCCAUCACUCCACGGAGGGCAUAUGGCGUUCUGGCACAUAAAUGCAUAGACGCCCCUGAACUCACGGUCAAGCGACAUACGGGUCUUGUGCGAAAGCUGGUUUACGAGCAGAUGCGGAGAGUAGUGCGGCCGGCGGAGCACGUGAACAAGCUUGUCUACGAUGUUAUGGAUGAGUCCAUUGGCAGUGAAGCUGUGGAGGGGUACGUUGCGUUAGAUGAGCAGAAAUUCUUGAAGCUUCGUCCUCAUCAACUUUGCAGAAGUCUUCAGUUCGACUCGCGCUUCGAAAGUGGAAACCUGCAAUUAGCUCUCAUGAUAUCGGACUUCGAGUACGACCUCAUACUGCAAACUGAUAUCAACAGCUCGAUGGGCAAGCACAAUCAGUGGUUCUAUUUCGCUGUGUCUCGCAUGAAGCCAGGCAUUCCGUACAAGUUCAACAUCGUCAAUCUCAGCAAAUCGGGUAGUCAGUUCAAUCAAGGGAUGCAGCCUGUCAUGUACUCGAGGAAAGACGGGCAUUGGCGACGUAUUGGCGACGGAAUAUACUACUACAAAAAUCAUUACUGGAAACCGCAAGAUGCCGGCGUGACUGAUCCAGCUGGCGGCACUUAUGCUACGCUAACAUUUUCAAUCACCUUCGAAACUGAAGGAGAUACUUGUGCCAUUGCCUACCACUAUCCAUACACUUUCUCGGAUCUGCAGCGCCAUCUAUUUCAAUUCCAGCUCGCCCCUACGUUCAAUGACCGCUGCCGGCGGCAACCUCUUUGCUCUACUCUCGGUGGAAACGAGUGCGUGCUUCUCACAAUUACGGAUUUCACACCGUCGUCUACGUCCAUACUACCUAUCGCCGAAAGAAUGUACAUUUUGUUGAGUGCAAGGGUUCAUCCGGGCGAAUCAAACUCCUCGCACACCAUGCACGGCCUUCUCGUGUAUCUCCUGACAAGCAACGACGAAACCGCGACAACGCUACGACAUCGCUAUGUUUUCAAAAUCGUACCGAUGCUCAACCCUGACGGGGUUGUGAACGGUUCGCAUCGUUGCUCACUGGCUGGAGUCGAUCUCAAUCGCCAGUGGCGUCAUCCCCAUCGGAAACGAACACCUACCGUGUGGUGGAUCAAACGGUUGUGGAGCUAUAUAAUUGAUCAUGGGAAUAAGGUUCUGCUCACCUGCGACUUCCACGGACACUCCCGCCGCAAGAAUGUUUUCAUAUUCGGUUGCGAGAACACGCCCGGGUCACCACAUGAGACGUUGGAGCGAACAUUCCCAGCUCUCCUGGCGCAGGUGUCGCCCACAUUUUUGCUGUCUGCUUGCCGGUUUGACAUCCUCCCGUCGAAGGAAACGACGGCAAGAGUGAUAUUGCGGCGCGAGCUCGGUAUCGUCAAUUCAUUUACACUAGAGAGUAGCUACUGUGGAGCAGAUUUUGGCGAGAAGAAGGGUAUGCAGUUUCAGAUCACCGACUUGCAGCAGACGGGUGUGGACUUCUGCCGUGCUUUGCGAUCCCUCUUGGACGUUCCUCCACCUUGGACCACCAGAGGCGAGAACUCUAAUGCCCCUGAGGGGAUAUCAGCGCUCGCUGGCACCGACCCAGUUGCGUCAAUCGCAUCAUCCUCGUCAAUCGUGUUCCAAGACUCCAUGGGCGGCUUGGGUGGCGCACCUCUACCCGCCCGCCCCUUGAGACUCACCGCGUCCGCCAGAGUUGGCAGAACAAAGACAUCGCGAGCAUCUUCUUGUUCAAACGAUCCCCAAGGCAAUAUGCAUUUGCCGUAA